CGUAAAGUUGUAUUGUGCGAGUAACCCAAUUAGCGGCGUUCAUUCUGCGCGACCAAGUCGCGUGAAUAAACGCGAGAAGAAAGGAGCGCGUUAUUUGAACAUCGUGAUGUACAUGUAACCAGGAGAACAAUGUGCCGCAAGUGCACAUUGAAAGAGUUUCUUCGUGUCUAUGAGUAGAGAUCCGCAACAGAAGAAGGAGAAGCAACGGGCAGAGAAACGUUUCUAACGUAAUAGCGGCUUUGGAGAACACUCUUUACAUUUUGUAUAAGAGAGCAUUACUGUUCGUUAGUAUUCUCAGUCAAGUUUAGAUCGUUGAAUGUUACAGAAACCUAACUAGAAAACUAUCUCAUUUCGAUUAAAGUAUCUAGUGUAAGAUGUAUGGCCGCGUUAUCGAUAAUGUCAUUACGUUUUAUAACAAUAGUGAAUCCGGUUAUUUGCCGUUCUAACCGAUCGAAUGUUUAUUUGAUUAAUCCUUCGACCAAAAAUACAAGCAAAUUAUAAUCAUUCGUUAGACCGAUGCUAAAAUGUUUAGACCGGUUUAUAUAUCUUUGCCACUCGUGUUCCAAAUUUUCAGUAUUCUUCGACAAUGUUCACAUACUCUGUGUCUUACGAUUGAUAAUCGUUUAACACCUACCGGGAAUGGUAAUUCGUAUAGUAAAACGUAUUCGUAGAAAAUGUGUUUCUGUUAUAAAUAUUGUAACGAUAAAAAUAGAUCUUUUGAUUUAGAUUGUUUUACAAGGAUAUCCAUUGGUUCUAAGUUACCCGAAAUGGACAUCGCGUCACGAACUAAUGCCAUGAGUUUAACGGAAUGUGAAAAAGAUUGCUUAGGAAAGAAGCACGAUUGCAAUGCGUUUUCAUUUGGGUACGGGAUAUCGUCGAUAUGGCGAAAAAAUUGUUUAAAUCAACGCAACAUUUUAUCGAGCCACCGUGGCAUUUUACCAAUCGAUAUUAUCUUCCCUUUCUUUCACUUUCUUUUUCUUUCUAGCGUUGGUGUAAAGGGUAACAGUACCUGUCUAAUCAGCCGACAGAUACCGGCAUUAGAAAAUUUAGAAACCGAUCAGGAGUACGAUGUUUACGCGAAAAAACGACGGGAUUCGAUAUGGUGCGAUUUUGACCGUUUCUAUAAAAGUUUCGUACGCGAAGAUGAAAAUCGUUCAACGAAAGCAAAUAAGCUUAUUAGCAAGGGAUCCAUUGUAAAUAAUGAUAAUCCUUUCUCAAAAUUAAUACCAGAACCAAUUUCGGUAUUAGUACCACAUAAUACGCUAACAUCUUCGAGAAACAAAAAUGGCAUGACGAAUCAUGGACGCAUUGGUAGCUAUGGUUUGCUUAUUAAUCACGAUCAACGAUUUCUUUCCGAGGACAAUAACCGUAGUGUUCUGGAUAUUAUUGGAAACAAAAAUAAAGAAACAUCGCCAACACCUUUCGUUAUAAUUUGUCAUCGAAAGCUGCAACCUGGCAAGAAAAUGAUGGGAUUAUUCAUCGAGCGUAUCGUCAAUUGUGAAAAUCUACAGGAUUGUUGUCGAGCAUGUGAUUACGAAAAGACUUUUGUGUGUAAAGGUUUUAAUCAUAGACGUAGGACCGAUGAUUCAAAGUGCACAUGCGAAUUGACAUCGACACCAUAUUUUCGCAUGGAUACCGAUGAACAUUUUUCGAUUGAUUCUUAUUACGAUUAUUACGAGAAGGUUGACAAUUGCCCUUCCUCAGCAUGGCAUGAUAACGGUAUACCACGUUGGAAAAGCUAUGUAAAAAGUUCUCGAGAAAAUAGUCAAAACACAUGGUUGGAUCGUGAAAAUGCGAAUAAAGAUUUCGUGCACACAGAUCAUUCGAUCUAUAAAGAGAAUUAUCCGCUAUAUCGCGAAUCAGCUUAUGAUUUUUCAAAUGGUCUCGCACGAUCUGGCAAACCAUUUCAUUACGAACAGCCUCAUGGUUUUACGUCUCGUUAUCAUGAUUUGAAUUGGAAUCGCAACUGGAAAGAAUCGGAGUCUCGCAAUCCCCACAUCAUUAACGACAAUACCUUUGUCAACUCUCGCAUUGAUUACGAUAAAGGAUACUUUGAUGCAAAAUCGCCACGUUUCCCCAAUUCACGAUUAGACCAUCCUCUGACGCAGGAAUAUUCCAUUCCUAACGAGAACGAGCAAUUUUAUGGGAAAUUGUACAAUUACGGCAGUGCAUUCGGCUAUAAUGAUAAUUACGUGUCCGUUCCAAAGGAACCAUAUUAUGAAAAACACGAGACAUCACAAAUGACACGAAAAUGUUCAGUGAAAGCUGCUUCAGGUUCAAAAUUAAGCAGAAGCGUCUUACGAAAGACUUGCGCGGCACACGAUUUUGAACAAUGCGAAGAGUUUUGUACCAAUGAAACAAGUUUCUCUUGCGAAAGCUUUGCUUAUAGAUGCAACGUGGCAACCACGAAUCCUACUGAUAACUGUUUACUAAGCGAUCGUUCCUAUCAGGAUCUAAAUUUUUAUACGGAUCUUGAACCAAAUCGCGAUUACGAUACCUACGUAUUAACGUCAGAUGCUAAGAACUGCUACUUAAAAAAGUCAACAAAUCGAUAUCCUUUGGAAGAAUGUUUCUCGAGGAUCCGAAGUGGAUUUACCAUGCCGAUGGAUGUGAUGAAGAAAUCGAUAUUUGUUAGUGAUUUUGGAGAAUGUCAAUUUGCAUGCACCACGUCGCAAGAAUUUGUUUGUAGAAGUUUCGUUUUCAAAUAUGCGAUGGACAAUCACAAAGUGUACAGUCAUGAACGCGUAUCGCCUAACUGUUUCUUAAGCGAUUGGCCGGCAGAAGAAAUAAAUCCUAUCGAUAUGCCAGAUAUGGAUGGUGCUGAGUUGUAUGAAAGAAAUACAUUAUCUUAUGGUUGCGAAACGCAUCCUUCGUCCCUAUCAAAUUCGAAUGCAGUUACUUCCUACGACAAGGGAUCCUCUCAAUCGCACAUGGACGAACUUUGUUAUUCUGAAUAUCAUAGACCAUGCAAAUUAAUGUCUCACGCAGUGAUUUCCUCGAUGCGAGCUGUUACAAAACAGGAUUGCCGUCGGAGGUGUUCGACGAUGAGAAACGCCGGUGUGGUACCUUGUAUGUCGUUUAAUUACAUCAUUACUAUCGAUAAUACACGGAGUAACUGUUUUUUAAGCGACAUAUCGAUACGAGAUCUAAGGCCAAAUCUGGACUAUGUUCACGAUAAUGAUCACACAUUAUAUACAUGGAAAGAUUUUGAUCCAUAUUGUGGUUUAAUCGCGAAUGCUUUCAAUACGACAAAUGCACCAACGUUUGAAAAUCACGAUCAGUCACAUCCUCCUGAGUUCGGUUAUCCGAAUGCUCAAAGAACACCCGAGAGCGAAAUACAUCACCCUCAUGAGCCAGCUUCCUAUCAUCCCACUCGAUGGAGAAAUAAAUUUCGACCUGAUGAACACGAUUACAAACAUAAGUUAGCUAGUGGUGACAACACAUCCCCUCCUGAACCUGGUACUUUCGAAUAUGGACUUAACUUUUUCCAUUCAACAAACCAGCUUCCCCCAUCUCGACGUUAUACGGUAAACGGUUCUCCUUGCAAAAACGGCACCGUCUGUCAACGAAAUGAGAUCACUGGAUUCUGGUCUUGUGAAAUUGAAAAUGAAUAUGGUAAUUGGGAUUACUGCUGCGAACCUAGUCAUCAAUGUGGAUUUUCACAAGGAUAUCAUCAUCCUUGGUGUUAUGUGGGUCCCAACGAAGAUCAAUGGAGACCUUGUAGCGAAACAUAUUAUCCAUAUCAUUUUGCAGUGGAUCAUACAAGUUAUCGCCAAUCACCAUUAUAUACCGCUCGUCAUUGGCCAGUAAUUUACUUCCACGAAACAUCACCACCAAACUGUUCUACCAAUAAUCCUAACGUUAAGGAGUCAUGGAAACUACAUUUUACUGAAGUUAAAUGUAUGUUACUCCCUGUAGGCAGUUCUGCACAUUGUCAAAAAAUUGUUCAUACCACAAAAAUGCCGAAAACACGACUGAUUACGCGUUCAAUAACGAACAGUCGACCACCUCACAUGACUUUAAAUUUGGAAUGUUCAGAAGAGCCCCUCAGUGAAGCACAGUUAGUGUUACGAUUAGAACUCAAAGAAAAUUAUGACAGAGUUGCUGCCACCUUGGAGGAAUUGGUUAAAGAUCAUGGAGGUAAAUUGGUAUGCCAAGCAGGCAAUGUCAACGGUUAUCAAUAUACAUUGCCUUCAAAUCCUGCUCAAGCAACGGUUAAAAAUAAUUCACAACCUAUUGUCAAUGUAAAUCAAAAUAAAAACCAAUCUAUUAAAUUGAAUGUAUUAAAUAAUGCAAAUGGAUCUCAGGGUAACAUACAAUUGGUUGUGGAUUCACGAAUGGGAGUUAUUCUUGGAUCCGUUGCUCAACCUCAAGGAACUUCUAUGACCAAUGUUUCAUCAGGUUCAGUCCCUACUUCAACAUUAACACCAAAUUCAACAUCCACAUCUACAGCUACAACUAUAUCUACCAUUGCACAUUCUCAAACGGAAAAUUAUAAGUAUACUCGUUCCGGACGCAGAACAAAAGUGCUCGAAGUGCAGCAAUCCGAUAUAAUAGAGGAACCCACGCUAGUACCUCGUGGAAAACAGAAAUUAGGAUGCUCGACACAUGUUGUUACACCAACUACAACCAGCCCACAAGGUGUUACUAAUCUCAGAAUAAAAACUGUAAGUAAACAACAGGUUACACCGACAGUGUCAUCAACAUCGGCUACGAUAAAUACAACUACAGGAACGGUAUCACCAACGAUAACGGUGUCGGCAACAACAACAAAACUGGCUAUUGCAAAACCAACUGAGCAUACAAGUAUUGGUGGAAUAUCAGUUGGAAAAAGUGCAGCUUGCGACCAAAUUGACGAAGCGAAGAAGAAUCUUCCAGAUGGAAAGGAAGUAACUUUCAACAAAAUAAACGGAGGCAGGACAUUUCCUUCGUUGGUCAUCGUAGCCAGACCGAAUCUUCGUACAAAGGAUAUCGCGCCAAUAGUAGCUCAGAAAGAAAGAUCGGAGUUAGAUUUGAAAGUCAAGAGUGUACUCAUGUACUCGGCCACAAAGUUUGCUGAAUGGUUGAUACAGCAAGGGUUGGUAAAGUCUGAACAAUUUUGUACGCAACAUAAUAAUAAUUAUCAGAGGAAAUUGAAAUUAGGAAUGUAUAGUGAUCCCGGUACAUUUCCAUAUUCGGGAGGAUACGUUUGGAUUUCAGAAUGUUGUGCAGAUCGUUUUGUUUCCCUCUUUUCCGGUUCAAUUUUUCAGGGUGCUACAUAUACACCUACCAUUCUUUUAAAAUUAAUUUAUCAUUGGGCAUGUCAAACAAAUGUUCAAAAUGUUAUUUCGUGGGUGAAGGUAUCAAAUGUAUAUGUGAAAAAUUUUUAUACACAUUUACGUAGUGUUUGUACUGCCGCAAUUUGCGAUAAAUUUCGUAAAAUGGGAGGUAAAAAUUCCGUGAUACAAGUUGGUGUAAUUAGCUUAGGUACAACAUCGCAGGACGGAAAUUUACGACAAGUUAAAGUCGAAGUGCUUGGUGUAUUGCAUUAUGCCACACUUGAUUUAAGAUUAAGAGCAUGUGAUCCGGUGCAAGAUGGUGAUAGGUCGUAUAAACGACGGUUCAAUAAUAUUUUACACCCAUUGAAGGAGUGGGUACACCCGGAUACGAAAAUUAUGACCGACUUCACCGUUGAUAAAAGCACUCUUGAAGAAAUGGGUUUUAAUCAUGUUACACAGUCAGCAUUUUCUGAUCAGAGUCCCCGAAAUUUUAUGAGCAAUUAUCACAUUAUGGAAUAUUUAAGAAAAAUUGUCCCGAGAAUGUUUCAAAAUACUCUUAGUUUGCUUAGUAGACAAAUGAUACAACAAUUUUUGGACGAAUUAGUAUGGAGAGAAAUGUACGGAACGACUGCUGCCCGAGCAUUUGACAACAUUAUCGAACAUAUCGCAGAGCAAACUGGAAUCGAAUCAAACGAAAGUCUCAUAGAUCGUUUGAAUAAGAUAGGUGCUAAUCCGUUUCAUAACUGGUCUUACUCAAAUACGAAUUCACCACCAUUGACACCGCUUAUGACGAUAAAUAAAGAAGAUUUUUUUUCGGGCUGCGAAGUUUUGAUUCCAAGUAGUAGCAACAUGAAACAACAAGAAACAUUGCCUUCCGUUCAAACAGCGAAACCUGGUCCGAAGAGGGGACGAAAGAGAAAUCCAACAACAGCCAUUAGCCCAGAACCCGAGGUGAAAAAAGCCAUCUACGAUUCGAAAGGUAUCAGAGAAACAGAUAAGGAAUGUAAAAACGAUCAGAUACAGUUGCAAGAAUUUUACUAUGCUACUAUGGAAGGUGAUAAAACUCUUCUUUUAAAAGAACAUAAAAGUUCCCUAUAUUUUAAAUGCUUUCUUUGCGCUGCAAUAUUGCGUUCAAAUACAGAUGUAAUGGAACACACUAUUGGCCAUGUGCCACCACAAGUACCCGGACAAUCAAAUUCUCCUGUAUGCCGGUAUUGUUGCACUGCAUUUUCAUCUCAACAUCAGAUGAUCACACACGUUACGGAAUCACACAGCACUUUUGGUCAUUCUGACAGUGACAUGGUUGUUUGCGCCAUUUGUGAACAAAAAUUCGGGAACACUGGUCUCCUAAUUAAUCACUUAUCGUCGAUGCAUUGUCCUUCGGAGAUGCCUUACCGAUGCGAAAUUUGCGGUUAUCGUACUUCCAGUCAUAAAGACGCUAUUGAUCAUUUCUAUCGUGUUCAUGAAAAGGGCGAAGGGUUACAGUGUCCUUAUUGUUUAAAAAUAAUAGAUUUUGCAAAAGAAGGCAACCCCAAUGUUACCAGCGUUCACGCAUUCUUAUUACAUAUGCAAAGACAUGUUAUCAGAAGGGAACAAGGACGUGGAAAUAAAUGUUCCAGAUGUUGUCUUUGGUUUAAUCAGAAAAGUUCAUUAAAAAGUCAUCAAAGGCAAUUGCAUGACUCUGUGUCUAGUACAAAGGUUGUUCCGUAUUCAGUUGGUAAUAACGGAAUAAUGAUUUCAAAACAACGAUUUCAAAAUAGACGAUUUGAAAUCGAUAGUCCAGUUACGGAAUUACCACACGAUGAAAGAGUUAAAAAAUGGAUCACUGGUCCAAUUACGGUGAACGUUCCAAUUGAACAUCUAUCCUGUAAAGAAUGCGAAGAGGAUAUAGAUGAACAAGAUCAUUAUCCAGGCGAACAAAUAUGCCAAUUGUGUCGCUACGUAACUUGUUGUUGGCGUGCGUUUAAGGAACAUCAACAACAAAUUCAUAACGAACGACCGAUGACCAGUUUGGUAGUUCCUUCUCCUCUUAUUAAUAUUCCAUUAAAUAAAAAGAUGCAAUGUUCAUGCGGUUAUGCAACAACCGAUGGAAAUCAAUUAGCCACCCAUUUGAUUAAAUGUAACAAAGUGUCUGGCUACCCGGUUGAGGAUACAGCACCAUCCGGAAUGUUAAACAGUUUAGGUUUGGUACCAAAAAAUAACUCAGAUGAAAUUGAUAUUGACAUCAAAAGGACUAAUUUACUAUAAAAUAAAACGAAGUGAAGUACAAGUUUUUGAAUUAAUUAGGCGUCGUAGAUGAUAAGUUGUAUAACUGUUUAGAGAAUUAUCCAAUAUUUCAAAUCGUUCUAAGUUACAUCUGUGUAAUUAGUACGAGAUAACAAGUUACUUGAAUAAGAAUGUUAUAAAAUAUAAUAAAAUGGAAGUGAACCUUAUAAAUAGUAUCGAUAUUGUAUCAUGUAUCAAUACAUUCGUUUUCAUUUUUAUUGCUUAUUUUCGUAUUCUGUUAUUUCCAUUAAAGAAACUAGAGACUAAAAAUUGUUCAAUGAACAUAAUUUAUGUCACCAACACUUUAUAUACGACAUGCAAUCUGUAUUGUUUAGAAACAUUGCUAAUAAUACUACAAUAAUAAUACAAUAACACAAUCAUUGAAUUAUGUUGUAUCAAUAUUAUUAAUACGAUUAUAUUGCUGAGUUGUACCUUUAUAUGAAAUAAUAAAUUAUUAUUACAUGAGAAGAUAUUACAAGUUUAAAGCGUGUAUCUAAGUAUAUAAUUCUUUAUAUAGUAAUGUUGCGUAGCUACAAAAACUCGAUAUUUUAUCGUUGUAGCUAUUCAGAAAAAUAUAUUCCAGGAAUUUAUUUCUUUGAUUUUCUAGACUUUCAAUACGUUUCAAAUUUCGAGUUAAAGUGAAAAGCGUUGAGUACAAGUAAGAUACAGAGAAAAGUUUGUUUAAUAUACGUAAUGCAGAGUUUCGACGUCAUCUAUCACAAUGAAACUAGUUACAGGAACGGGUUAGUGAGGAUAUGGAGCUUCUGUUAAGUGGGAACUCGAGCACUACUUUUAUGUGCGUGUGUGGACAUUGUAUAUACAAAGGUAUACAUAUAAAAGUUAAUUUUUUUCUUUAAUUCUUCUGAUAUAGAACGAAGUACAAAAUUUAUGCAUUUUUCUAAAGUUUUAUUUAGCAAGAGUGUUUUCGGUAAUUCCACAAUAAUAAAUGUAACAUACAUGUAUCUCCACGUAAUCAACUAUAUCAAUACAGUAUACAAUACUAGUUAAUAGAACGCAGAGAGUUUUAUUUUCAAUUGAAAACUCAAGAAAAAUCGUAAACUAUUUGCGUUAACGUAUACUAAUUCAUUAUUCUGUACUUAUCUAUAUUUCUAGCAAGUUAUUAACACUUGUUUUACGUCAUUUAACGUCAUCUAUUAUCAAGUCAACACUAAAGAACGCAUUUACUAAAACAAACUCCACAAUGUUAAUUGAUUCAGAUUACCAAAGAUUAUAAUUAUAAUUACAAUCAUUGCCAUUAGAAAUAUUAUUUAAAUACCUAAACAUAAUAAAGCAAAAAGAAAAUAUUGACCUAGUUACGAUUACAACGAUCGCUACCAGUGUGUAAUUGAUUGUUUUAGUAAACAUUUUAACGAAAUAUUUUAAAUAUUAUAAAUAUAUCUUUUAAUUGGGAUUAUGUUUAGAAUUAUGUUUGCACAUCUCAUUAUAGAUACAGAAUGAUAUCAAAGUUUCAUAAAUCGUAUCACAAGUUGAUGCUUUAUUUAAACUAAUCUUUAUUGGGAAAGUAAUGAAUUUGUAUACAUCAUGUAAAAAAUACAAGUUAAACAAAAAUUAAUUAUUUAAGACAAACCAAACACUAGUUGCGCAUCGUUACAUAUAUAAAAUAUCUGUAUAUGUGUAUAUAGAAUAAUACUUACAAAUGAUUUUAAAAAUGUAUAAUAAUACAGAAUAAAACGCGGUAAAAUCCAAUUUGAUACAAUUAACAUUGAGAUUUAUUAGUAGUAAAUUUCUUUUAUAAUUUGACGUUUCAUAGGUUUAUGUAACUUUUAAGCCUUGAUACCGUCAAAUUUUUUACGUGGGAAGCUUCGUCAGCUGUUCAUAUGAUCUUAACAUUGUAUUCAAGAGAAUGAAUCGACAUUUCCGCCCGCAACCUGUUAUGUUGGCGAACUACAUAUACCCGACUAUCAGUUUCGGUUUGUUCUGUAUUUUUUCGUUUUUCUCCAUACAUCUUCAUGUCUCUCUCGCUCUCACACUCAUUCUCUCUCUCUUUCUCUCUCUCUCUCUCUCUCUCUACAUAUAUAUAUAUGUACGUACGUAUACAUAUAAAGAUAUCUUUUAAAUUUAACGCCAAGGUUGUAUAGUGCUGAAAAUGUUAUUUUUGACAUAUUUUACAUACUUUACAUCUUUCGAAGUCAUUAAUUUCUAAUACAAUAAUUUACUUUAUGUUCAUAGCGAAUUGCGAAAUGAGAAUUUUGAAUUUUUAUAUAUUUUUUCGUGAAAUCCUAAACUGGCGAUUUUUCUUAGUAGUAAAUAACAUAAACUAGCAAAGAAAAUAGAAAAGAAAGAAAUUCCGUUUACUAUUUGUAUAUAACCUUUGGAUUGUAAUUUAUUUUUCGUCCCGAUGGUUGUAGAACGUAUAUGUUUCCGUUUAUGUACUUGUUAGCCCCUGUAAUUAAGAAAAAGGCAAAAAAGAAAAAAAAGUAUAGAAAAACGAUAAGAGUUACUUGAAAAUAGUAAAGCUUAAAAGCUUAGAUCGACAAAAAAAGGACUGAUUAAAGUGAUAAUAUUUACGCAAAAACAAAAACAAAAAAAAAUACCUGUGCGUUAAAUUUGAAAGAGAAAGUCGAGCUUCUGGUUGACUACUCGAUGGCAUAGAGCAUGUAGAGAUUGCCAGCAUCACUGCCUGGUGGUACCAAGGAGUGAGUCGGCGGUAGUACA